GGCCGAAGUGAUAUAUGUAGCUAUACCAAAGUGAUGGCAAAUUCAACUGCAGAAGCUGAAGAAAUACCAAUAUAGCUUAUUUUAAUGUUUUAAGUUAUAUCCUAAGAAAUUGCCAUUUAAUCCUUGAGUCUAACAUAGUAAACAAAAUGUUUAUUAGGAAAAUACCUAAUGUGAAGUGGAAUGUAAUACAAGCAUUUUUUUUGUACCUCUACACGUCAUGGUAAUUCGUGUUUUCUGCGGAAGUUGACAGCAUUGCCAAUUAAAAAAAUACCCACAACAACGCAACGUGCUCACAAAAAAAAGAAGAAAAAAAAACGCGCUGGUGGAGAGAUGCGGGAAACUUCGGGAAGGAAGCCGUGAGUGCGUCACCGUCUCAAACCACCAACCAAGUGAUGAUAAUGUGCCCGUUCGGGCCCGAGUUUGUUUACAGUUGGGCACGCGCAGCUAGCAAACACUAUUGGUGUGCUAGCUUCACCUCAGCGCUGAUACCCGGGCCAGCUAUCCGCUGAUGUUUUACGUCAAAACCGUGCCAGCCCUCAAACGGGCGAGGGCGGACAUCCACUUUAAACGGUUAGUCUUAAACCGAGCAGUACGUUGCACCGUGACCUCCAGUUCGACGGCCCAGACGGAGCAUGACGGUGUCAGAAGCCGCGGCGGGUCAGAGUGUCCCGGACUGUCUGGGAGAGGAGGGAGAAGGAGAGAAGGCACCGCCGCCGCCGCCGCUGCUAAUGAGAUCUCCGUAGACUUUGAGCAGACCCGGGAGGCUUACAAGAGCAAAGACUCAUUAGAGCUUCUCAGAAGUUUGGUGGUUUUCAAACUUUGUUCAUAUGACUUCCUGGUUGAUAAGAACAAAGAGGUAAUGGAUCUGGCUAAGAAGAUUCUAGGCCAGAAAACCUUUGACCAGUUCAUGAAGAUGACAUUUUAUGGUCAGUUUGUGGCUGGUGAGGACCACAAUGACAUCAAGCCACUGAUUCAGAAGAACCACUCCUACGGCGUUGGCUCUGUCCUGGACUAUAGUGUUGAGGAAGACAUCAGUCAGGAGGAAGCGGAGCGGAAAGAAAUGGACUCAUGUGUGUCUGCUGCAGAGAAAGAGAACAUAGGCAAGGACAACAGAGAGAGAAAAUAUCAAGCGCACAAACAAUUCAGCGACCGCCGUGGGGGAGUGACCGGAGCCCGCACAUAUUUCUAUGCUGACGAGGCCAAAUGUGACCAACAUAUGGAAACCUUUAUCAAAUGCAUCAAAGCGUCUGGUGGGAGUUCAAUGGAUGGUUUUUCUGCCAUCAAAAUGACUGCACUAGGACGACCUCAGUUUCUGCUCCAGUUCUCAGAGGUGCUGGUGAAAUGGCGGCGGUUUUUCACCUUCCUAGCGUCACAGCAGGGUAAAGAUGGCUUGGAGGCCUUAGAGCAGAGGCUGGAGCUUACACAACUGCAGGAGUUCAUGACCAAACUGGGUGCAAAUGGUGACUUCUAUGGCUGGUUUACAGGAAGGAAAGAGGACUCGACAGGAUGCAUUGACAUGCUUGACUGGAACAGCCUAAUAGAUGACAGAACAAAGAUAUCGGAUCUGCUUGUUGUUCCAAAUGUAGAGCUAGGUAAGCUGGAGCCUCUGCUGGGGAAGUUCACUGUAGAGGAGGAUCAACAAAUGAAGCGGAUGUUACAGCGUGUAGAUAUCUUGGCGAAGCAUGCCCUAGAGAGUGGUGUUCGUUUGAUGGUGGAUGCAGAGCAAACCUAUUUCCAGCCAGCCAUUAGCAGACUAACACUGGAGAUGCAGAGGACCUACAACGGAGAAAAGCCUGUCAUUUUCAACACCUAUCAAUGCUACCUAAAGGAGGCCUAUGACAAUGUAACUAUGGAUGUAGAAUUGUCUCGACGUGAGGGUUGGCACUUUGCUGCCAAGCUGGUGCGUGGGGCCUACAUGUAUCAGGAGCGAGAAAGGGCCAAAGAGAUUGGAUAUGAAGACCCUAUUAACCCUGACUAUGAGUCAACCAAUAGGAUGUACCACAGGUGUUUGGACUAUGUGUUGGAUGAGAUUGCACUCAACAGAAAAGCAAAUAUAAUGGUGGCUUCCCACAAUGAAGACACAGUGAAACACACCUUAACAAGAAUGAAUGAGCUGGGUCUCAUUCCCACAGAAAACAAGGUAUACUUUGGUCAGCUACUGGGCAUGUGUGAUCAAAUCAGCUUCCCACUGGGCCAGGCAGGCUUCCCUGUCUAUAAGUAUGUUCCCUAUGGACCAGUGAAUGAGGUAAUGCCCUACCUGUCUCGGAGAGCACAGGAGAACCGAGGCUUCAUGAAGGGGGCCCAGAAGGAGAGGGAACUGCUUUGGAAAGAGCUGAAACGGAGACUUGCCUCUGGAGAGCUUCUUUACAAACCAGUGUACUGAAAAGAACAAAAGAUUUAGUAAAGAUUAUUGAGGGUUUCUUUAUCUGGUUCUUUGGUUAGUGUCCAUCAUCAUAGCUGCCUGUGCUGUCUUUUUUAAGCACAUCUCUUGUUUUAAUCUAUAUUUUGAAGUUGUUGUUUUUUUUUUUUACUGAUGGACUAUUUACAUAGGUCACUAGUUUUUCUUUUUCCUACUAGUGUUUUUCAGCAUUCUGCUCUUGCAGGAUUUUAUCCACCUUCACUCCAUUCACUCCUUCUGUUCUGCACCUCUACAUCCAUAAGCAUUUCUCAUUUUGUUUUCCCACUGUCUGUAGAGCUCUAAUAUCCAUCAUAUGGGCAACUUUACUGCUCCAGAAGGACUUCCUAAAAUGUCAACAAGACUGGGCUGGGCAUCUUUUUUUAUUGCUCUAUUUAUUUUCAAGGAGAACGGGAAUCAUAAGAAUAACAUGCUUGAUAUAAAUGUUAGCAAAGUAAACUAUAUAGGUAUAUCUACUGUAUAUGUGCUUCUCAGUACUGUAUGUUUGUUUUUGAGGUUGCACUGACAUUUUUAAAACAAUACAAAUGGCCUGCAUUUGUAUAGCGCU